ACGGUUCAGCGUCUAUAAAAAUGUGAGUCAAUUAUACUUAGUUUAACUGGGCUUAGUAUUAAACUAUUCUUUUUUCCAGAACAUCUCCUUAUCGUCGCAAGAUACAAUUUUCUAGUUACGAUGGCUUCCUGCAAAAACAAAACUAGAAAGGAGGAGUUUUCGCUCUACGCCAGCUUCAACGACACUUUCGUCCACGUCACGGAUCUUUCGGGCAAAGAAACAACCUCGCGCGUCACCGGCAACAUGAACGCCAAGGCCGAUCGUGACGAGGCCUCGCCCUACGCCGCUUUGUUGGCUGCUCAGGACGUCGCCGAUAAGUGCAAGUUGCUCGGAAUCACGCUGCGUGCCACCGGCGGAAACCGCACCAAGACCCCGGGACCGGGUGCUCAGUCGACGCACCGUGCUCUGUCCUGUUCGUCAAAGAAUUUUGUGAUUUAGUGCUAUUAGUAUAAACAUAAAUAAAUGCUCUGUUUUAAUCUGGCAAGUGUUUCAGUUUUUCCUGAAGUUGUUCCUCAAGGAAGACUUAGUCGGCAAAAAUCAUCUGAAUAAACAUAUUUCAGGACGGACGAGACGGUUGGCGCAGGGCAUCCAGGUGAAACAUCUCAGUACACGCAGUUUAGAAUUUCGAAAGCAAAGCAACACAGCAAAAAUACAAGCAAACUUUCA